GCGCGCUGUGAAACGUCCAUCGGAACCGUAAAUCGGAAAUCUCGAUGUAACUGCGAGUCUCCGAGCACGCGUGGCGAUAUCAUUUUCAAAGGUCAGGUCGCUGAGCGACGCGGAGUCGGACGAAGUUGUCGCAAGCUCGUCGUACUUCGACAGCUGACAACUCCACCGGGGCUCUCUCGGCCGCAGACACGAUGACGUAGGACAACCACCGACCGACCGGCUGGCUUGUACUUUGAACGUCUCUCACACAAAUAUAACGCCAAGCGUACGCACACACACACACUCGAGCAUUAAUUAACCGCCCAGGAAAAUGAUACCGUACUAAUUACCGCUUUGACGCGCGAGCCAAAGAGCGACUCAGCGACACAGUGCCGACCGGCAUGGACAGUGCGCUCGCAGCUGUUAUUUCUUGAAGACUGUCCAGGUAACGAACGAACACCGUUGCCCCUCGAAAAAGCCUCAUCAUGGCCUCUGCCACGGAGCAGCAGCAGCAGCAACAGCAACAGACCACCCUAGAGUUUUACCAGGCGAUGGCCGACUUCAAGAACAUGUUUCCACAGAUGGACGACGAUGUGAUAGAGGCUGUGCUGAGAUCUAAUCAGGGAGCUGUGGACACCACAAUCGACCAGCUGCUCACAAUGAGCACCGACAAUGAGAAUGAGAAAAUCAGAAGCGAGCUGGAGCAGAAAGAGGAACUCCCAAACACGACCAAGUCACCCUCCAAGAAAGACUCUGGUAAAUCAUUAAAAAACAUCCACAAGUGGCAGCCCCCAUUGUUGGGACCGUUGCCGGACACCUUCCUGAGACUCCCUCAGCAAACGUCCGACGACAGUUUCGACUCGGCUUAUCCGCAGGAGAACUCGAUGCUGGAGGACGAGAGGAUCGCCAUGUUCCUUCAGAACGAGGAGUUCAUGGCGGAGCUACGUUGGAACGAGGAUUUCUUGUCUACAUUGGAGCACGAUUCGAAACUUGAGAAAUGCGGCGGCCAGACCGGCCACGACGACGAGGAUCUGUUUAAAGAAAGACUGAGAAACAUGGGCAAGAUGUCACGGCGUAAGUUCGCGCAGCUCACGAAAGUAUUCACUCGCAGUAAAAAGCGCGGCGGCAGGCAACUGCUGCCGCCCACGGCAUCCUGCGACGAUCUCCUGGAUCCGGAGGAGUCAUCCAGACCACAGUCCUAAGGAAGACACUCGUAUACCUACGGUAUACCUCGUAGGAACGUCCGUACUCCUCCCGCCUCGUCGAGAGGCUCUCGGGGACUCGGCGAGCGAAGCUUAACGUAAUUUAGAUGUCACGUCGGAAACAAGCAUAUCUAUAUGUCGUUGUAACGCGGCGGACGCGAUAGUCGCGCGUGGAAUCGUACGAGGUAUAAGUUAAUUAGUUAUUUAGGUUCGUCGUCGCUCGCGCAACCGCGAUUAGCCGCACGGGGAUGACGAAGUCGCAAGGCUGAGACUGAUCUCGGUAUACGGCGAGGAAAUUGGAAAGCUCUUUAAGUCCCGUUCUACAAUAGAUGUUUUUCAGCUUUACGUCUUAGGAAAUUGACCAAUCACGGUCGAUUAUUCUCCUCACGUUCGACCGCGAUUGGUCAAUUUCUUAAGGCUUAGAGCUUAAAUUAUCUUUGCAGACCCCGCUCGAGAAAAAAAAAAACAGCGAGACGCUUGGUUGAAAGGUUAAAAGAUUAUCAAAAUAUCCGUGUGUCAGGAAUUAGGCCGACACAUGUGCCACGUAGAGCGAUAGCGCGUUAAUUAAUAUCGAUGUAUUUCCCCCGGUAAGGUAGAGAUCUGUUUCAAUUCCGACGAGUUCGAUGUGAUAUUGUUUACGAUGUAUCGACGAUGCGGAAUUUCGGUUGUUAUUUGUUUCUUUUUCGACAGAUUUAACGUUUCGUUGCGACGUGUCUCCACGUUGCUCGCGAUCGUCUUGAGAUACCCGCUUGGAUUCGGUAUCGCGCACGGCGAUCGCAUCGCAAAACUGGAGCGCGAUGGGGCUCCCACGGAGAAUCUCACGGGGCGAUUUUGUUUGAUCGCGAAGUGCGCGCGUUGCGUUCGCUUUGUUUCGAUUUGUUAGCGUAUGCGUUUUACGACUAUGAGGCUGGUCGAUCGUGUUGUAUAUAUAUAUACACGUCUGUGUCUAUUGUGCGCCGACAGCGCGUUAAUGUUGUUAGGAAGGGCGAGCUUUUGAUCGGCAAUUUAGAAGCAACGCCGACUCGACUAUCGGAUCUGAUCCUUUCGAAAGGUCGAACUCUUCGGAAAAUAGAGAUGCAACGAUCUUCGAAACGAUCGAUUCGUCGGGAAAGAAAGAAAAAAAGAAAACAAGUGGAUGAAGGUUCACGUCACAUUCCUACGAAAGUUGUGCCACUCUUACGAUUCGUUUACGUCCCGUGGUGCGGUGCUCGCUUGGCUGUUUUGAUGACUCUCACCCGAUAAAAUCGACUUAAUCUCGCUUGAUAGAGGUCGUCAACUUGAAUUGGUAUUACUUUAGUGAUCGCCGAUCGAGUGAUCGAGUGAGUCGAUCUGAAACUCGAAACACACCACGGAACGUCACAACACCGCGCGCCUUCGUCCAUUUAUUCCUUCGAUUCUGCGGUUGCGAUUACACACACACGACAUACAUACACAAACACAAGGUGCGGUACAACGUAUCAGUGCACCCAUCCUUAAACGUAAUAAAUCCUAGUCACUCAGUCUAGCCAUUAUUUAUUGAACAGGAAUCUGAUAUUGUAACGAUAUAUUGUGAAUGUAGAAAAUUAUUUAUAAAAAUAACCAUAGUCUAAGUCAUUUACAGACACAACAGUAUGUGCUACAACGGACACGUUAUGUACGAGAAUAAAUGGAAGAGAAGCCGGA